ACGCAGCGCGCGGUUUUGGUUGUGCGGGUUGCGUGUUUCCGACGUGGUUCGUGAUCGUGAUCACGUCCCGUUGACUGCUCCAAACGGCAAUAUUGAAAGUGUUGCAGGCGAUAUGCAAAAUGAACCUGUGCGUUGUGCCAUCAAUUUUUAUCGCGCUUCAUUUUUGGUGAUGUGUCUGCAGCGCUUCCUGUGACCUGAAAGUUACUCAUCCUGUCGCCAACAUGGAACGAAAGCGGCAUAGGAUAUGCAUGGUCUCGGACUUCUUUUAUCCCAACACGGGUGGUGUAGAAAGUCACAUCUACCAACUCUCGCAGUGUCUUCUAGCACUUGGACACAAAGUUUGUGUCAUCACGCACGCUUAUGGGGACAGGAAAGGGGUUAGAUACAUGACAUCUGGACUCAAGGUCUACUACCUUCCUUUCCUUGUUAUAUACAACCAAUGCACUCUACCAACCAUCAUGAUUUCCUUUCCGCUGAUAAGGAACAUUCUGAUAAGAGAAGAAAUCACUGUUGUUCACGCACAUUCAGCAUUCUCUUCCUUGGCAUUGGAGGUCAUGCUGCAUGCUUCCACUAUGGGUCUUCGAGCCGUCUUUACAGACCACUCACUGUUUGGCUUUGCCGAUGCCAGUGCAAUCAUCACAAACAAAUUGCUCAGCAUGUCUCUAUCCUUUGCCAACCACGUCAUAUGUGUGUCGCACACUGGAAAGGAGAACACUGUGCUGAGGGCUAAUGUACCACCUGCCAGGGUUUCCGUCAUACCGAAUGCCGUAGAGACUGCAGUAUUUUUCCCCGACCUGAACAAGAAGCCCUCGAGCAAAGUUACUAUCAUUGUGGUCAGUCGGCUGGUGUACCGCAAGGGCGUCGACCUGAUGGCAGGUGUCAUUCCGGUGAUUUGCAGCAGGCACCCUAAUGUGCAGUUCAUCAUAGGUGGUGACGGCCCGAAAAGACUUGUGAUUGAAGAAGUCCGGGAACGGCAUCGGCUCCAGGAGCGAAUUACAAUGCUGGGAGCCAUCGAGCAUGACUCUGUGAGAGAUGUGAUGGUUCAAGGGGACAUCUUCCUCAAUGCUUCGUUAACAGAGGCGUUCUGCAUGGCUAUCGUAGAAGCCUGUGCCUGUGGUUUGCAGGUCGUGAGCACCAGAGUUGGAGGCGUGCCCGAGGUGCUUCCACCUGACCUGAUCCAUCUCUGUGAUCCCAGCGUCCGAGGGCUUCUGGAAGGAUUGGAGUGUGCUAUAGAGCGGCAUCGGCAAGGUGAUGUAGUGCCUGCCGCAGAAGCGCAUGCACGAGUAAGCAGGAUGUACCGCUGGGAAAACGUGGCCAAGCGAACGCAACGUGUAUAUGAUGCCAUUGACCACGAACCUCCGGUAUCGCUUCGUCAGAGGCUGGACAGGGCGAAACGCUCUGGCUUCGUCUUUGCUCAAAUCUUCUGGCUAGUCGUUCUAAUCCUCCAUGUCACCCACCUUGUGCUCUCUUACAUCAGGCCCAAUUCGCUGAUUGACAAAGCAGUGGACUACCCAACUCCCAAGACAACAGAAAAAAGUCCGCACCGGUCCACGAAAAGCACAAGUUGAUAAUGUGGGCCUCCAGCACAGUGUACGUCAGAUUUAUUUACAACACCGCAUUGGUAGAUUCAUCCCGCUUGAAUAAAGGUCUUGAAAAUGC